AUGUAUGACAACAUCUCUGAUUUCACAAGAUAUGAUGACGACCAUGACCCCGAACACGGUGAAGAAGAAGUUUUACAAACAUCCAUUAAGACAGGAAAGGUUUUAACACAAAGUCUCAUUAUUGACACCAAAGAUGGCGAAGUGGACGUUCUUCAAGAGCUGAAGAAAAAUACUUCUUCGGGAGGUGGUGGUAGGCAUGAACUUGAAAUAAAUGAGAUAGAAGAGAAAUUAGCCGAAAAAGCAGAUAAAAACCACGUUCAUUAUAUAACUUCAGACGAACAGAUUAUAACGGACUACCAUGGAUAUUUAACACGAAGUGAUGAAGCGAAGACAAAAAAUGUUAAUGAAAGAAGAUAUAAAUACAUUCGUGCUAAAGGUUAUGACAUAAGCUGUACUGUACAGUAUGAUGUAGCUAAAGCACCAGAAGCAUUUAGUUAUAACGAUGAAAUUUAUGCCUCUACUUUCUCUGUUAAAGGUGUAUUAGUUGAACCAAGAUUUACUUUGAGAGUUAAGUCAAAAAUAACGUUUGAAGAUGCUAUUAAAAGUAAAGCUGACAAAGUUGAACUCGAAGCAAUGAACAAAGUUUUGAAAUCUCAUAAACACAACAUCUCCGAUAUAAAUGAACUUCAAGCUACAUUAGACAGUAAAGCCGACAAGAACCAUACACAUAAAUCCUUCACUACU